GAAGCUGCCAUUGUAGCCACAUGUAUGCGUGCAUAGGUACAGUGAAAGUCUAAAGGUGGUACUUGUGCUGACAGCCUGCAUGGAGAGCUUCAGGUUCUACAUGUAUGCUACUGUAAAGCCUUAUCCAGCUGUCACCAGUGGAAACAGAGGAGAAUGCCAGCCAUCAUAUUGACGCAUAUUGUUACAGACUGAUGCGGAACAGAAAGCAAGUGAAGUGGAACGUUUUAUAUCAGCUUCUGCGUAAGCGUAUAAUUUUAUACUAGCAGUGUCAGAGUAGACAUCUACGUGCAGGAAGCAAUUGAACCGUCACUGAUGUGAACACUGUUGGCCAACAUGGGAUUAGUUUACUCCGUGUGGAAUAUCCUACAGGUUAUUGUUGCCAGACGUCCAAAGACAGAUUACACAUAUGCCAGAACAUUUAUCUACAGAGAAAAUCCGACAUUACACGAAUACAUAAGCCCCAACAUGUCACGGAGACCUAUCCGUGGCCGGGUGACCAUGUCACCUGAACUAAAGGAGUUUUACCGUGACGUGACAGAGAAGGAGAUGGAUUCAUUGUUAGGCAAGAGCCACACAGAGGAGUGGGUGUUACGAGAGAACCGCAACAACAACGCCCGUGAAGCCGCCUACACCACCCACUCAAGCCACCUGAAAUCCACAAGGCACAGACACAGCUCAGGACAGUCCACAACUUCAGGCAUCUCAGAAAAUGCCGAGAAUGGUAUGCUGUUGAGGUCUGGCUCCAGGCUUCAUGCCAACAACGUGGACAUGGUGAUAGAGAACCACGACAACCACACUGCACAAAACGUGGAUCGCAAGUCUAUGAUCACAAUGGAAAAUGCCAUGAGAAAGCGUCUCUUCACAACAGAGCAGGUUCAAAGGAACAGGAACUAUAAUGGCUGGGAUUCAUUGAACCGGUCAAACAGCUAUCAGACUCGAUCAGGAUCUUACAAUCAGGGCUAUAUGACAGUGCGGAAAACUCUGGUGGAGGAAUUUGAGGAAACAGAUUACAGUAAAGCUUCUGGUGAUAAUUCCACAUCUACAAAGAACACCAUGGCAGCAGGGUGGCCCAAUGGCCAUGUGCAGAAUAGCCGCAGUGACUACAGCACCUCUGUUAGUCAUAUGUAUGGUCUGGACUCAGAUGAAUACUCAGAUGAUGAAUUAGAUGGUUAUGAAGCAAAGAAGGGCUACAGGAGUGAGAAUGGUGCAAACUCAACCCUUACCACCGUGGUCACUGUUGUCACCACCACAAUAGAGACGAUCACGUCGGUGAUGCGGCCAGUAGUAACCCCUGUUUGGUAUGUGGUGGGCAGACCACUGUGGUAUGUCCUCACCUCCUUCUGGUAUUGUCUGGCUGGGGGUCUCAGUUGGCUGUUUUCAUCAUCACGCUCUAGCACCUCCAUAAGGAACAGAGAGGAGAUGUCAAGUUUUUCCAGAAUUAGAAGAGCAGGCUGCUGUUUGUGCUUACCGCUGCUGCUGUUACUCCUGCUUCCUCUCUUGUUCACAGGUGUGUGUGAAAGGUUUACACAUUACGAACAGUCAAUGUUCAUACCUCCACCUGUUGUUCCUCUAGUUAAGAAUACGUCUGUGUUUAACAUCACUAUGCUAACCCAAGAAGUCACGCGAAUAAUGAAUUUGAAGAGUGAAGAACAACAACAACUGGGUCAUGAUGAUGUGGUAGGCAUUGUGAGAGAAAUCUUGAAAGAGGAGGUGCAAGCCUUCAGGAUGUCCAUAGAGGAGAGAAACAGCUACAUAACACAACAGAUCAACAAUAUUCAGGCCAGUAAAGAUGGGAAAGUGGAUACCUUAGGUCUCAAACUGGAUGAGAUCAUGUUGAAAUCUGAAAAACUAGCAGCUGAAAUUCAGUCUACAAAGGAAAGCAUUAGACUAGGCUCAGAUCAGCAGGACUUGAUAGCCACCCGACUAGGAGAACUUGAGGAAGAGUUGUCUGCCCUUAGGACCAGCUUCAGUAACCUUGACCUGAAUUUCCAGGCGCUUUCAACCAACCUGAAAAGCUGUUGUGGAAACAGUAAUGUGGAUUUGUCUGAAAUACGAACUUUUGUCAACCAGAUACUGGCUCAGAUGAUGUCUGGCUAUGGAAAGAAUGAGGGAAGUGAAGGAGGGUUUGUGGCCUGGAUUCAUGAUAACUUCAUCAACCAGGAGCAUUUCCAGUCUCAGCUGAAAAGUUUAGGGGAGAACCUCACCCUACAGAUGGCUGUCAUGGCACAGCAGAAGCAGCAACCAUCCAGCCCAAACGUUGUCGUCUCUAAUGGCAACAUGAGCGAAACAUUCCUCAGGGAAAUGAUCGACACAGCUCUAUGGAAGUUUCAUUCUGAUAAGACAGGGAUUGCCGAUUAUGCUUUAGAAUCUGCAGGUGGCAGUGUGGUCAGUGUGCGCUGCAGUAAGACAUACUUCAGGAAGACUGCCUUAUUCAGUGUAUUUGGCAUUCCACUUUGGUACAUAUCAAACUCUGCAAGGACUGUCAUUCAGCCGGAAAUGCAGCCUGGAGAAUGCUGGCCCUUUGAGGGCAAACAAGGCUUUGUGGUGAUACAGCUAUCAACACGCAUCAUCCCAACAUCUUUCAGUCUGGAGCAUAUACCCAAGUCCAUAUCUCCUUCAGGAAAUAUUGACAGCGCUCCCAGUGACUUCACUGUCAUCGGUUUGCACAAUGAAAAGGAUACAGUAGGAGUGUCCCUGGGCAACUACACAUACUCUACAGAAGGAUCACCACUGCAGUAUUUCCCUGUACAGAGAGAAAAUCCUGGCACAUUCAGAUUUAUUGAGUUAAGAGUGUUGGACAACCAUGGAAACAAAGAUUUCACAUGUUUAUACCGCUUCAGAGUUCACGGUGAUCCAGUCAGAGGAUAACAUCACCCACAGUAUCUCUGGUUCACAAGCAGUUUUUCUCCAUUUAUCAACUCAUCAAUAUUUAUUUUAAAUAUGGUCUCUAUCCAUUAGCUUAUCUGGUGGAUAAUUUAAAGAUAAUCUUUAAGCUUAACCAAAGUCACCAAAACACGAGUUCAGUUCACAAACAUUUGGUGGACAUGGUUAUGAUUUCUUACCAUUUGAAAAUAUACUGUAUUUAUCAUGGCUAUAACUUAUCUGCUUGACAAAUAUAAGUGCCAAAAGUCAUGUAGGUUUGUACUUCACUACUACUACUAUACUUUUAUCUUCGUAGUAACCCAUAUGAAACACAUCUGACAUUGUGUGUUAUUGUGCUACAUGUGGAAAACAGGUUGUGUUUCAGAGAUGAGUAAUACUAGAUUGAUUCCAUUAUUAAAGAAUCCAUUUUACUGAUUUAAGAAAGGCAGCAAAAGGAACAAUAACUUCUUUAAUAUUACACCAUUAUUUGUCAUCACCAUUUCUAUUUAUUUUCACAGUAAUGUGUUUCUGAGGCAUUGUGUGUACUAGUGAUUUCGUUCUGUGUAUUUGUUUCUUGUUGAUAUCUGCAACUAGUGCUAUUUUAAGAAUGAGUUUUAAUAGCUCAUAGACCUCCAAGCUGUUCAGUAGACAUGGAUGUACAUACAAGGAUUGUCGUUUUGCCUUCUGGACCAGAAGCUCUAUUAGCAGAGGCUAUCAAAUGGCCUUAUGUUCUGUAUCUAUUGUGUUAAAUGUGUACAUGUAUAUAAGUGAACCAUUACGUACACUAUAAUUUGUGUAUAGAUCAUGUAAAUGUAUCAUUAACCUUUUUUACCAUCUCAAAGAAUCUCACUGUGGUAGUCAUAUUCAACCGUGUGCAUGGUAUAUAAAGUUAUCUAUAUGUUGUGUAGAUUUCUAUAUUUGUAACUCAGUCACUUGUUUUUGUGCGUAUCAUUUACCUCAUUUACCACAUAAUAUUCUUGCCCCUCCUCCCCUCAAACCAAUAUGGCUCCUUCCAAAUUUAUGUUUCUUCAAACAACUUUUCAAAACCAGGACUAAUAAGUUUGAAUUCUUGCCCGACAACAUAUAUGCAAUUUGUCUAAUAAAAUGUGUCGUGUACUGCAGCGGGUUCUGCAUUUUUUAAAAUAUAUUUGUGAAUAUAAAAAACAUGAUUUUUCAGGGCACAAAACUUUUAUUUUGUCGGACAUAAAUGAUCAGCAGGCUGAUGUAGCCAUUAGCAGGUCAAAUAACCUAUGAUUUGCCCACUACUAUCUCCUUCAACAACAGUCAGUGGUUGUUGUUGAUGAUAGCCUUUGUUAAACAAUGUUACUGCCUUCGAUUAGCUUCAAUAGUUAGGUGUUGUAUCAUGCAACUUGUACAAAGCCAUUUUAAGAAUGUUAUUUUUAGAUUUGUCAAGACAAAACAGCUUCUGUCCAGUAUAUGUAGUCUUCAAGCAGCUAUUGAUGUUUUCUAGUUCUGUGUUUAUUUGGAUGAUUGUCCUUUGACGGCAUGCUGAAAAUAUUUCAUUUUUAUGCUGACAGUUAGGUUUUGGGAGGGAAGAAUCCAUGCAGAGCUCAGGGAAACAACUGCACCUCACCAGGUACCUGACAAACCUCCUGAUAUCCAAGACGUGUGUCAUUAUAACAAUAUGAUUUUUUGGAAGUUGUCCUUUUCAUUUACUGUUUAACACUGAUCAACAAUCCUGGGCAUCUAUUAUGCUGCAGUUGGAUAUGUCAAACUAAUGAUCAUUGAUGAAGAGCCAGUAAAAAGUGUAAGCACAUACAAUCCUGUUAUUUGACCUAAAAUUUCAUACGUGACAAUUGGCGCUUUGCAAAUAUGUGGAAUCAUCGCUUUUCGCCAGCCCACAUUAAGGACCAAACAUGUAAAAUUAGCAGUGAAUUACUUUAUGUAUUUGGCUUGGAUGGCAUCAUUGGUAUUUCUACAUUAUCUUUUAUCAGUUCAGUUUUACUUAUUUUGCCAGAUUCUGAGAGUCUUGAAGUCCAGAUUUCCCAAAAAGUUCCUUGAUAUUUACUGUACCAGCACAAACAGAAUUCUAAAUACUGUGGUUGUCUGCACCUGGUUGUAUAGUGUUAUACAUUUUUGUGUGAUUUAUGCCAUUAUUAUGAAUCUUGCUUAAAGCCAACAUAAAUCACGCUAAAUAUGUAACCAUGUAAACCACAUUUCAUUUCAGAAAGGCCUGUCGAGCACCAAAAAAAAUAUUUUAUAAUGUUCAAACAUGCAAUUUUUUUUUUGUUUUUCAUGUGGAAGUUUAGGUCGAAUACAAUACUUAUAUUACCUCAUGCCAUCCACAUUGGUGUAGUAUGUAGACAAGGCCGCAUUCUGCCUUGGAAACAUGUCUAUACGUAUCUCAUGUCUCAGUCCUGGUUAUCAUGUGAGUUAAAGGUCACCACCAGAGUGACAUAAUAUUUUGCCAGUAAGCCCUUGGUUAGAUUAUUUCAACCAUGCAUGUGCUUGAAAAUUAUGUACAUGUAUAUGUCAAACAGUAAGUACAUGCAUAAUAUUUCGCUUGACAUAAUAUAUCUUUCCUUGAUUUUUUUUUUUUAUUCAACCCAUUACACAGGUGCAUGGUUUUCAUUUAUGCAGUCAAAAAUGCCAUUGUAAACUUAAACAAUUAUUCAGUUCCAGAUUGGCCUUCUGUAAUCCAGUCUUUAUAACAAACCAAUAAAAUUCAUAACAAAGAUAUGAAAUGUUUUCAGGCUGCUGCUUAUCCCUUACCCUUCAGAGAGUUAACAACUUAAAAUAGGCUUUGUAAGGCAUUGUGGUAUAUAAUUAUCCAAAAAGCAUCUCAAUGUACAGUGUGUAUGUUUAUCCCAUUAAUUUGACACACUGAACAUGGGAUAAAGGGAGGUGGAUAAAUAUAUCCUCCUUCAUCCACAAUAUUGAGAGCUACUGGAUUACAGGUACAGUAUGUAGACUGUACCCACUUAGGAGAUUCCUUUG